GGCAAGCUAAGUUGGUGAAAGUUUAUACAUUAGUUGCAGUAUUGCAGACACUAAAAGGUCUGACAGAAUCAAUGCUUACAGUCAAUCACGAUAUCAAACCUUUAGUCUUCUAGCUUAGUAGUAAAAACUGGUUAGACUAAAACAUAUUUCUCUUAUCGUAGUAGACAUGGGUAGUAUGUUCGAAAAUCAAACUAUACUCUCAACUCUUGCUGUCCAGAUUUUGGGCGACUUCAGUGGGGUAGACGUUUUUGACUCAGAACAACUAACUCUGGACGAACGUAAGAAAUUUUCUGGUCAACCAUCUCCCAAAGAAAUGGCCAUUAUACUCUGUCAGUUACAGUAUCAAAACAUUGUGCAUACUGAAGAACCCUCCUGUCCAACAAUCUGGGAUGAUUUUUAUUGUUGGCCUGCAACAUUAGCUGAUCAAGUUGUUUCUAGAAAUUGCUCUGAAAUCUUCGAUCAGCAUGCCCUACCUAUUGAUCUCAAUGUCGUAGGAGAAGCGCGUGCCUAUAGGAUUUGUGACAAAAAUGGUGAUUGGCUGUGGGGAAAUUGGACCAACUAUACAGAAUGUUUACAGCUAUUAAGUCAGGAGUCGGGAGAUUUCUCAUCCAGCCAGGUAGCAGUAACGUACAUCUGUUUGUGUGUUCUUUGGUGUCGCUAGCAACGCUGUUUCUGACUUUGUUCAUCUUUUGUUAUUUCAAGUCUCUUCAGUGUUCACGACUGCGAGUUCACCGAAACCUGGUGGUGGCACUUAUUAUUCAUUCCGUUUUGCUUGUCAUAAUUUCGUCUCCAGGAGUUCUGCAGUCACGUUUCUUAUCGUACGUGGAUGUUGACUGGCUAUGUAAAACAAUAUUGUCUCUCAAGAUGUACGCCGCUAUGGCUAGUAUUAACUGGAUGUUUGUGGAAGGACUACUUCUACACAGUCGGAUCACAAUCUCUGUCUUCAAUAAGGACGCUCCUUUCAAACUCUACUACUUGAUAGGUUGGGGUGCUCCGUUAAUAUUUAUCAUUUCCUGGGCAAUGACCAUGUCACGGUUUCGAAAUACAUUCUGCUGGAAAGGAUACGGGAAGACAAGCUACGUAUGGGUUGUUACAGGUCCAAUGAUAGCUGCUCUCCUCAUCAACACUGUAUUUUUGGUCAACAUCGUACGAAUACUGGUUACCAAGCUGCGGAUGAGCGUCUCCAUAGAAACAACUCAAGUGAGGAAAGCUAUCAAAGCAACAGCCCUUCUCUUUCCUCUUCUUGGAAUCACUCACCUCCUCUUCUGCAUUAAUCCACGUGACGACGCUCACCUAGAGAGAGCCUAUAUGAUUACUAAUGCUGUCCUACAAUCUUCACAAGGAAUAUUUGUGGCAGUCCUUUACUGCUUUUUGAACUCUGAGGUACAGACCGUUCUGCGGAAUGCCUACUUGCGUGCCAUUUUACAGCGAGAUCCCAACCAUCAUUUGACGAGAAGGCGUGGCCUGUCACGUACAUCAGCUAGCUACUUGUCAAACUGUGACACUACUGUUUCUGACAGCGCUCGUCACAAGAUAUCGCCAUCUGUUAAUGUACUGGUACCCCUACAUGAAAUGUCUCAGCAAGAGGAACAUCGUGGAAGAAAACAAUUAAAAUUUCUUAGAACAAACUCCGAAAGACAAAGAAUCUUUUCAAUUUAAUAAGUUCGUAUAGUGCCGCCAUCUGUCUAUGGUAUUUAGAACAUUUUGUUGUGUCCUACAAAAAUUCAAAACGGUAUAGUUGAACUAAAGGACACUGAUAGUCCUUAUUCUUUCACUGUACGUAGCAGAAUCUUUCCUGCUUAUCUUUUGUUUUCUUUUAAUAUCAAUUGUAGACUCUCAAAUUACAAACUUGUUUUUUAUACCUUUAAGUCACGGUGGGGUUCUAUUUUGCUUCCUAUUGACUAAUGUUAUGUUUUUGCUUGUUCCGAUAACCAAUGUAGAAAACAUUGGAAAUAAAUUGAGUGAAAACAUUAAUUUUUUUAUCUAAAAUGCAUUGGGAAUUCAAAAAGUUAUUAGUUAGAUUAAUAGCAAUAUUUAUAGUAUUUUGGUCUGUAUAGUAUUGUGUGUGUGUGUGUGUAUUACUCAUAUACCAUAAAGAAAUCUGUAAUAACAAAGUCAUGGACCCACAAAAAAUUUGGCCCAUAAAUGCUUUAGAAAAACUGCUGGGAAAUUCUAGGGUUGGUGGGUAUACUCUUAGAAAAUUUGAGUACUUAAUUUAACAUCGCAUUACCGAGCUACUGAUGUAAGGGAAGUUCAGUUAAAAAUACCUAAGUAUCUAUAUUCACGGAGUAAUACCAAUGAACUAACCUAACAUCGCGUGGUGUAAAGAAAGUCCUGUUAAAAGCACCUAAUGUUGAUCAACUAAUCUAGUUUGAUGUUACCAGGUUACGUGUUUUAAAAAAUAUAUACUUUCAACGUGCUAAUAAUAUUUUAAAGAGCUGUGUAGAGGUCACGUUAAGAAAAUAAACCAGUGAUAUCACAAUACUUAAAGAUGACGUAACUUAAUAACAACUUCCGGUCAGAGUUAGCUAUGUGUCCAGAGCGAAAAUAAAAAUAUCUCUAGUCAUGUUUAACUGGGUAAUCCCCUAGCCAACAUUUGCCCAUAAUGCAGAAGAGCCGUAUCAACAACAAGCUAAUCUUCUUGAUCCUGGAGCGAGUCUCGAACCAUGCGUCCACGGGAGAAGACUACGUUACUUCUAGAUUAGUUGUUGGUUGCAACAGGAAGAUUCUUCCUUUAUGAUAUAAACGUUUGAAGUAUCAAACGAAGAUCUCUGUCAAGUGACAUAAGAUUACUAUAGUGUUUUAUGUUGGACAACGUACCAUAAGCACGUUCUUUGUAAUUACGUGCGCAAUUGUAGAGUAGAGUAAGUCACAAAUGUCAUCGUGCCAUAUUGUGUCGAAUCAGAUUGUUUUAUUAUCUUAAGCUGUGUAAAGUCUCCAUAUCAGCGGAGUCCAUUUAUGACUUUAAAUAAUAGCGUAUUUAUAUUUUUAACUGACGAUGUUGAGAAAUGUAAGAGUGGUUCAGAAGAUUACGUGAAAGUUAUGCAGGUAAAUUUUUUAAAGUAUUGUAAGUUUCUAAUAAGUGGCAUAUGUGGUGUGGAAGACAUAUGUCAUAUAGUGUUCUAAUACAGUGGAAGACAUAUGUCAUAUAGUGUUCUAAUACAGCGGAAGAUAUAUGUCAUAUAGUGUUCUAAUACAGUGGAAGACAUAUGUCAUAUAGUGUUCUAAUACAGUGGAAGAUAUAAACUUCAUUGGUGUUGGUUGUGCAAUGACCAAUGAGUAUCUCAGUCUGUUCAUGUUGCUGAUGUCAUUCGUCUACAAAAGCUAAUUUAUAACAAAUGUUUAUGAUGAUUUUAACAGAAUGCAUUUCUCACUAUAACUGGCACUGAUUAACGUAUUGCAAAGGUAUUUAUUGUUUGUUUUGAAUAUCGAGGGUUACCUGCGCAUGUACUUGUGAAAUUAAAGUAUGAUCUUUAAAAAUU